CGUCACUAGAAUGCUGUUAAGCUUAUCGAUAGUUUAUCGUUGAUUUGGUAUUCACGCUGUGAAUGGCAAAAAAGCGGCGCAAUUCGUUUGCUGUAAACAAAACUUAAACUGCGCAAAAUGAGUAAAGCAGAGUUAAUUGCACUGCGCAAAAUGAAACCCACAGCGGAGCAGGAAGCUGCAUUUGUUGCAUUCAUGACAAGCCAUGUGCACAUUGCUAAAUGCAAUGUUAAUAAAAAAAUAUUUAAGGAUGCGUGGAUUGAGCUUAGCGCGCAGCUCAACUGGCAAGGACCACCAUGCAAACCGUUUUAUAAAUGGCAGCAAGUAUGGAAAGAUUGGAAGCAGCGCAUCAUUGAAAAGGUGGCAAGGAAUAGGCGCGUGACUUACAGCAAGCAAAAGCGGCUAACAGGCACAGAAAAAGAUUUGGCAGUGCUGCUGCAGCUUAUUGAUGCUACAGAUAGCCAAUUUAUUGAAGCCGAAAGAGAAGUUAAUAGCUACAAUUUAAGAUUAAGAUUGCAAAAAAGUGCGCCCGAUACCCAAAAGCCGCUGAAAUUUAAUGCGCUUUAUAAAAGAAACAUUGGGCAACGCACAGCGGAUCAGGAAGCUAUAUUUGUGGCAUUUAUGACAACGGAGCUGGAGAUUGCUCGUAGCAAUGUGCAUGGCAAGGAAUUUGAGGGGCUAUGGGUAAUGCUCAGCGAGGAGCUCAACUGCUAUGGACCACCACGCAGACCGUUUAACCAUUGGCAGCUAGUGUGGCAAGAUUGGAAGCAGGAAUUAGCUGCAAAGGUGGCUGCAAAUAAAGGAUUAGCGCGCAGCGAGCAAGAGCAACUAACGAGAGUGGAAGAGGAUUUGGCACUGGUGCUGGGAACUUAUUGAUGCUUCGCAGUGCCGCAAUAUUUAUGGCGAAUGGCCUGAGAUGAAGUGGAAGCAAACCCAGAGCAUCCUGUGGCGAUUGAUACAGACGAUGCUGUUGCCAACAGAAGAAAACAAAAAGCAAAAGACCAAGAGCAAGCGAAAAUAAAUGAUAUACA